AUGGGUUCGAUCUCACACAUGACGCUGAAGCGCAGCCCGCUGAAGAACUCCGGGGCAAUCGACCAUCUCGAAUAUGUCGAUGUAACGCCGAUUAUUGGGCGCGAAUACCCGACAGCCAAACUCAAGGACAUGCUCAAUGCCUCCAACGCUGAGGCUCAGCUUCGCGACCUCGCCAUCACCAUUUGCGAGCGUGGCGUUGUCUUCUUCCGCGCGCCCCAGGAUGACCUGACCGUUGAGGAGCAGAAGAAAAUCACCGAUCUGCUAGGGAAGUUGACGGGCAGGCCCGAGGAUCAUGGAUUGCACGUCCACCCGCUGUACAACGACCCCAACAACAUUCCCAUGGCCGACGGCACGACGGAUGAGAACAUCUAUGUGAUCAACUCGGAAGCCAUGAAGAAACUAUAUGCAACCAUGAAGAACCGACCUAACAGCACGAGCGAGCCAAAAGACCUGAGCAGAGAAUGGCACAGUGACUGUCUGUUCGAGGAAUGCCCGGCCGAUUUCAGCUUCCUGCGCAUGCAGGAUACACCCCCGUCUGGCGGAGACACUCUUUGGGUCUCUGGUUACGAGCUCUACGAUCGCGUCUCCCCACCGAUGCAAGCCUUCCUCGAGUCCUUAACGGCAACGUGUGCACAACCAGUGUUCGAGUCCGCGACCAAAGCCGGUGGUUAUGAAAUCACCUCGCCUCGCGGCUCGCCCCUGAACCAUGGCAUGAAUUUCGCCCCCGUGCACCCAGUCAUCCGUACCCACCCAGUGACUGGCUGGAAGUCCCUUUUCGCGGGUGUCGGCCUGCACGUCUCUCGGAUCAAUGAUGUCUAUACCUAUGAAGAUCAGAUGAUCCGGGACUACGUUCUCAGGUUGAUCACGCGGAACCACGACUGUGUCGCGAGAAUGCACUGGACAAAGCAGGCGUGUGCCAUCUGGAGCAAUGCGUGCACGCUGCAUGCAGCCACACCCGAUACACAUCUCGUCGAUGGAAACAGAACUGGCGUGCGCGCCUCGGGUAUUGGCGAAAGGCCAUAUCUCGAUCCUGCGUCAACGGGGAGGAGGGAGGCCCUCGGUCUGCCCCGAGUCUAG